AUUGAGCUAUACUCUACCACAUUUUUCUCUCUAUCUCUCUGUCUCUCUUCAAAAUUCAAACACUCUUUGAGACUUGCUAUAUUCAGUUUUCUUUAUUAAUGGAAGAAAUUUUGAAUGAAGACCAAAUUGUUGAGAUCAAAGAAGCCUUUUGCUUGUUUGACAAAGAUGGAGAUGGUUGCAUUACUGUGGAAGAACUUGCUACGGUAAUUCGGUCCUUGGAUCAGAAUCCAACUGAGGAAGAACUUCAAGAUAUGAUAAAUGAAGUUGAUGCUGAUGGCAAUGGAACUAUUGAAUUUGUUGAGUUCUUGAACUUAAUGGCCAAGAAAAUGAAAGAAACUGAUGCUGAGGAAGAUCUGAAAGAGGCUUUCAAGGUUUUUGAUAAAGAUGAAAAUGGAUUUAUUUCUGCUACUGAGUUGAGACAUGUUAUGAUCACUUUGGGUGAGAAAUUAACUGAUGAAGAGGUGGAUCAGAUGAUUAAAGAAGCAGAUUUGGAUGGUGAUGGUCAAGUUAACUAUGAUGAAUUUGUGAAGAUGAUGAUGACCAUUGGAUGAACAAAAUAAACUCUCAAAUAUUUAACAUAAAAUCAUUUCAUUUGUUAUUAUUCAAAUUUGUUUGGUUCCUUAUAAUCACAUUUUCUUUCAAGAAAUAAUUAAUGUUUCUAUUUAUAUAUUCAUUGUUUGUUGCAUUCUUCUUUUGUAGUUGUAGUCCAUUAUGUGAAUAACCAACUCAUUAGUGACAUCUCAGCCACACCUUUUGAUUUAAUUUGUUCAACUCCAGCCCAUAAUUUAUUCUCUUAAUUCAAGUUUAAUAUUCCUUUAAUUGGGUUUAAACUAGUUAAUUAAUUAGGUUUAUGAAAAUCAAUUGUAGAAAUUCAUCAUCUAAUUUUUUUUCUAGUAAUCUAAUAGUCGAAAUUUUACCUCUUAAAAGUGAAUAAGUAUCAUGUCGCAGAUUCAAACCUGCACUUUUAUACACUGAUGUCUAUGUACAACUACCAACUGAAUUGAAUUGGUCUAACCAAAUAUUAGUUGGAAGCAUGUUAAUGUUGAAUGGGAACACUUUUUGCUCAUUUUCAUGGACUUUGACUAAACCAACCAUUGGUUUAGAUUUGACCACAUGAUUUAUAACCACAAAAUUAUAUGGUGUAUGAGUUUGUCAUUUUCUUGACUUGUAGCAUUAGUAGACUUUUUUUCAUCCUUAAAAAGUAAGGUAUAAAU